UUUUUCCUUGAUAAAAAGCUUUGAUUUAACAAUUCUUGUCAACUUUCUGAAAUUUUCAUCCAUGGCGGGAGUUAAAGUUAAUGUUCCAUUGCCGGACGAAAUUAGGUGUAAGAGAUCAGAUGGUAAGAGGUGGCAGUGUUCGCUGCCGCCGAUGGAGGGAAAAAUCUUUUGUCAAGCUCAUUAUCUUCAAAGUCGACAUAGACAACUUAGGAAGCCAGUACCAGAUAGCUUAAAGCUUGAUCGAGCAACGCGCAAUAAAUUGGUCCCAAAACUUGAAGAGGAGUCAAAUGAUUUACCCCGAAGAGGGGGUAAGAGAAAAAGAGCAGAAACAUCAACUGUACCCCGUAAAAGGGGUAAGAAAGAUAAAUCGAUUCUGAAUCCGGAAAAAGCGGUGGUUAAAGAACUUAAGUAUGGGCUGAUGGAGAUACCACAGGCUUCUCCAUCAUCUGCUCAAUUGAAACGACCAGGUUCGCCUAAAUCGAAAAUUGGGGUUGCUGCGUCACAAUCGGUUUUAAGAAGGCCUAUAAGGUCAAAGAACGUGGAACCUAUUCCAAUGGCUACACUGCAGAUGCUACCAAGUAUAAAAGCCAAUAUAAGAGAAGCGGUGAAGAAGAAAAACCACAAGAAGUGCCAUUGGUGCAAGUGGAGUAGCUAUCGUGUUCUUGUCAAGUGUUCGACUUGCAAAACACAGUUCUUUUGUGUAGAUUGCAUUGAUGAAAGGUUUUAUGAUAAGGCAGCAGUCAAGAGAGAGUGUCCUGUGUGUCUAGGGACAUGCUGGUGCCGAGCCUGCAUAAGAGAAAGACUUAAAGAAGACAAAUCAAAGGAGCUGGUUGUUUGUAGCCCUGAAAAGGAUUUGGUYGUUCAUAAUCCUGAUAUGGAUUUGGUUGUUCAUAAUCCCGAAGAGGAGCUGGUUGUUUGUAGCCCUGAAAAGGAUUUGGUUGUUCAUAAUCCUGAUAUGGAUUUGGUUGUUCAUAAUCCCGAAGAGGAGCUGGUUGUUUAUAAUCGCGAAAAGAAGUUUGACAAAAUUCAACAACUUCACUUGAUUCGGAUGCUUCUUCCGGUGAUGGAAAAAAUGAAUCAAGAAAAGAUCAUUGCUUUGGAUACUGAAGCUAAAAACAAAGGUAGAAUGCUUGGCCAGCUACAGGUUGAGCUUGCAGAAUGCUCUCAGAAGCGGAAAUGCAGUUUUUGUGAUGAUUGGGUUGCAGAUCUUCAUAGAAGUUGCAUAUCUUGCUCUUAUAUUCUCUGCAUGCUUUGUUGUCAAGAGUUUUCUGAUGGAUACUUACAUUCGGGUCUUGCUGAUUUGAAGAAUACGAAGAUGAUUAGAAGCAAAGCACCGAGGAAGAAGAUAUCAUGGAGGUUUUGUGCAGAUGGAAGUAUAAGAUGCCCACCGAAGGAUUUAGGUGGUUGUGGGGAAGCUUUUCUCAAAUUAGCUUGUUUUCCCCCCUUCAAUUGGACGAAAGAUCUUGAAGCAAGUGCAAGACAAAUAGUUUUCAAGUAUAGGUUUAAGAAACCUUUCGGGAUUGCUUCUUCACCCUGCUUGCUAUGUGAGGAAAACAAUGAUAUGGGAAGUGAAAAGGUUGGAAAUUUGAUUAAAGACAUCGGGUUAUAUUUCUCCACUAAGCAAGACUUUAAGGAUAAAAAUCUUGAACAUUUUAUGAAGCAUUGGGGCGAAGGUCAACCUCUUAUAAUCCGUGACGUGCUUCAAAGUCGACCGGACUUGAGUUGGGAUUUUGGUUUCAUGUUCUGCGAAUACCUUGAAAGGAGCGCCGAAUCCUGCAAGGACACAGAAAGGGUAAAAUCAAAAAGCAGAUCUGACUGGUGUGAGGUCCAAUUCGGUAGAAAGCAUAUACUUGUGGGGGGUAAAACCCACGCAAAUGUGUGGCAAGAGUUUCUGAAGUUCAAAGUUCGGUUCUCUUCAGGGUUUUUUCAAGAGCAGUUCCCUGAUCAUUAUGCUGCUGUAAUGCAAGCUCUGCCUGUUGAAGAAUACCUUAACCCAUUGACAGGCUUUCUGAAUCUUGCAGCAAAUUUGCGAACUGAAACUCAAAACCUUAACUUGGGUCCUUGCAUUCACAUAUCCUAUGGUGGGCCGGAAGACUUUAUGGAUUCUGGUCAUUUGACGAAGCUUUGUAGGCAUCCAGUUGAUAUGAUGAAUAUUCUUGCAAACGCCACAACAGAUCCUAUCUCAGAGACAAAGCUUAAUGAUGUGAAGAUCUUGAUGAAAAAAUACACGUCAGAAGAUCAUCUACAAUCUUCCAGUAAAAUACGAACAAGACUUAAACUGGAAGAGAUCUUUGGUAGUUUAACAGGGUUGGAGGAUGGCGAACGUCCUUGCAUGACCAACAGUUCAUUGCAUUUGAUAUCUGAUGAUUCAAGCACUGAAGACUCCGGUGAUGAAGAUUUUUCUCAAAACAAGAUUAGAAGUUGUAGUACUAGUCGUUAUGGAGAGGAACAAGUUAUCGAUACCUGUGGGGCUCAAUGGGAUAUUUUUCGCCGAGAAGAUGUUCCAAAGCUUGUAGAAUAUCUUAGAAAAUAUUCUGAUAAGCUUCGCGAAUCCUAUGGUUCUCCCGGAAAGGUUGUACAUCCGCUUUUUGACGAAGUUUACCAUUUAGAUGACCUUCAUAAAACAAGACUCAAGGAAGAAUUCGAUGUUGAACCAUGGAGCUUCGAGCAACAUAUCGGUGAAGCUGUUAUCAUUCCAGCUGGUUGUCCAUACCAGAUGAAGAAAAUUAAGUCAUGUGUUAAUGUGGUCCUAGAAUUCAUCUCACCAGAAAGUGCAUCUGAAUGUAUUGAAGUGGGCAAUGAAGUUCGUCAACUUCCUGUGAAUCACAAAGCAAAAGGGAAAAGGAUAGAGGUCAAGAAGAUGGUUAUUAAUGGUAUGCAUGCAGCAAUUGAAGAAAUCCGUACGGUUUCACAAACAGGAUUGGUGAAAGCUGAAGGAUGAUAUUGAACCUCGACAAUCCAGAGUCAAACCAAGUAAAUUGAUGUAUGAAAAUGGUAUUUGCUAAUCAGUUAGCGACUGUUUAAGUUGGACCACAAACUUGUGGCUUCCUUUUUAGCUGUGAAAUGUUUUUCUAGUAGACUUUAAACCAUUGAUGGUAGUUUAAGGCCAAUUGCAAUUCCAUUUUUAUGACAUUUGUCAUUUUUGAAGUCAGUAUCAUGAAUUACACCAUAUAGUAUAAAUUAAUAAUUGAUUAGUAAUAUCACAAAUUGCAAUAAGGAGCAACAUACUUUCAGUUUAUCUCUAAUUUACUCACUGGACUUUAAAAAGCGUUAUUAAAACCCCUAUCGUUUACAAAAUUGAUUUUCUGGGUAAUUUUGACCAAUUUUUUUUUGUAACACUUUUUGAAAGUUGGAAGGUGUUCA